UUCCAAAGAUACUGCUACACUCUCUUGCUACGAGCACUUGUUUUGCUAUUUCCAUUUCCUUUCCCUUUCCAACUUUUGCUUUAGUUGCUAUAAAGAUGGAGGGGAAUUGUGUAAAAUUAUAUUCUUCCUACAGCUCUCUUCCACAAUAUAGCCCCAUGCCUUUCUCAAGCUCCAAUUGUAGCUAGACACACACACACAGGGCUACAUCUCUAUAUAUAUAGAUAUAUUCAUAAAUAGUACUCACAUAUCAAAAACCAAGCUUACAUUUUGUCAAGCCGUCGUUCUCAAGCAGAAAAAAAUGAUAAGGUCAAUCACAUAGUUCAAGUCUUUGCUCCUCUCUCUUUUUACUGUAUAAGUAGAGCCACGAGGACAUAGAACUAGGAAAAUAAAAGGGGAAAAAUCAACAUCUACUAAGUGAAUGAUGAUUAGUCUCUCUCAAUAUUCUUAAUACCCUUUUCCUUCUUGUUUUAGCUUGCUUAAUUAGCCAAAUCAAAAGAGGUUUUACUGUGUUUAUUCCAGUCAAGCUUUCUCAAGAUCUAGUCCCACCGCAUAGCCUCUCAAGCUACAGCUACUGAUAAUUUUCCUGGUGCUGUAAAAUACCUACUCCUAGAAAAAUGUAUCCUCCAAGCAACAAUAACUGCAAUUACAGCCCCAUUUUGUCGUCUAUAUACCACAAUAUCCCUUCUCCGAUUCAAUAUGAACACGAACUAUUCUUUCAAAGUUAUCAUGACCAUUUCCAACAAGAAGCUCCCUUGAUGGAAGAUCAAAGUCUUGACAUCUUAUUAGUUGACAACACCGACACUGUUACCAAUCCUUCAAAUUGCACUGGUAGUGUAAAAAUUCCUUACAAUACUGAAACUGCUACUACUAGCAAUCAUAUAGUAGAAGGCGGCGAAAACAAAGGAGGAGUUGACAUGAUGAGUAGCACAAUUAGUAUAAGGAUCCCCAAAAACAAGAGAGGUUCAAAUAAAGAUAGGCACAGCAAAAUCAACACCGCUCGUGGCCCGAGAGAUCGAAGGAUGAGACUUUCCAUUGAUGCAGCUCGCAGGUUUUUUGCUUUGCAAGAUUUGUUGGGGUUCGAUAAGGCCAGCAAAACCGUAGAAUGGUUGCUUAAUAAUUCAGACUCCGCAGUCGAAGAGCUGACCAAAGUCAAUGGAGGAGCCCUUUCUCAUAUUAAUAAACAAAGCUGUAGUACUACUGCUGGAGUUGGUGCAAUUUGUGCAUCUAAUUCUAUUUCUGAGUGUGAAGUUAUAUCAGGAACUGAUGAAACUUCUUCUAAUAACAUGAAUGACAAAAAGAAGGAAACUGCUAACAAGGAGCAGAAGAUCAAGGAGAAGGCUAAUAAAACCGCUUGUAGAGCUGCAUUUGAUCGUCUUACAAGGGAAUCAAGGAAUCAAGCAAGAGCCAGAGCUAGAGAGAGAACAAAAAAUAAAAAAAUUAGCCUAAUUGGUAAAUCCAAAGCCAAUAUGGCUAAUUGGAGGCCCUUCAAAGAUGGGAACAUGAAUAGUUCUCCAUAUGUAGUUGCAGGUGAAAUUGAAGAACUCAGCUCCCAUCAAGAGAAGCAGCUUAAUGACUCUAAUUUGGUGGUUAAUGAAAAUUGGAACUCAUUUCCCAACUUCAACUAUCAACAAAAUGCCGGAAUUUCCCAUGAGCAUCAAUUAACAGACUUCCAAUUUGGUGCAAAGCUCUGGGAAACCUAACUAGGGCAAGAAAUUCGAAAUUUUAAGCAGACAAAGUUCCUUCUUCAAUUUUGUACUCGGCCCAGAAGAAUGUCAGCUCUUUCUGUUGGUAAUGUAACAUAGAUUUGUACUUUAAAUUGUGCAUAGAUUUGUACUUUAAAUUGUGCAUUUCUUUUAUGAAAUAACUUUCUUUGCACA